AUGGCCAAAUUAAGAUCCGAGGGUAAAAUUGUACUGGUUGUAGCUACAUCAGGAAUUGAUGCAUUGCUGCUAUCUAGUGGAAGAAUAGCACAUUCACGUUUUCGAAUUCCUUUAGAUAUCACUGAGGAAAGUACAUGUGAUAUCAAAAAGGGGACACAAUUGGCAAAACUACUCAAGCAAACAACUUUGAUUAUUUGGGAUAAAGCACCCAUGGCAAAUAGGUAUUGCUUUAAAGCUCUUGACAGAACUUUGAAAGAUAUUUUGUCUAAAAAAGUUCGAUCAAAUACAGAUAGAAUAUUUAGAGGCCUCACUAUUGCCUUGGGUGAUGAUUUUAGACAAAUUCUACCAGUUAUACCAAAAAGGAAAAAACCUGACAUAAUCCAAGCUUGUUUAUCAUCAUCUACCCUUUGGAAACAUGUAACAGUGUUGAGACUUACAGAGAACAUGAGAUUGAAGACAAACUUGAUAAACCCAACAGAAUUGGAUAAUUUGAAGACUUUUGACAAAUGUUUACUUGAUAUUGGAGAAGGAAUGGACGUUGCAGAAGAUGAGAGUUGCAUCGAAAUACUUGAAGACUUGAAAAUCGUCAACAUAAUAGUCAUGAAGAAACAAUUAUGA